AUGAGGGAGACGGGCGCGAGCGAUGAGGGGCAGGAGUGCAGGGCUGUAGCCGGUGAUGGCAAAGCUUCUGCUGCCCGCCGCCGCCGCCGUCUCGAGCUCCGGCGGCUCAGGCGGACGGCGUCGGAGGAGGAGGAUGCGGCGGCGAAGAGAAUCCGGUCGGUGAAGGACGGCUCGGAGUCAGACUCGUCGGCGGAGGCUGCUCCACGGAGCUGGCCGGCGGCGUGCCUGUCGCACGGCGCGGUGUCGGUGAUCGGCCGGCGGAGGGAGAUGGAGGACGCGGUGGCCAUCGAGCGGACGUUUAUGGCUUCCACGGGGGACGCGGGCGCUGUCAGAGCUGGCGGCGGCGGCGGAGGCGACGAGGAGGACUUCUUCGCGGUGUACGACGGCCACGGCGGGUCGCGGGUGGCGGAGGCGUGCAGGAAGCGGAUGCACGUGGUGCUCGCCGAGGAGGUGAGCCUGCGGCGGCUGCAUGGGGACGCGCCGGGUGACGUGCGCUGGAAGGAGGCGAUGGUGGCGAGCUUCGCCAGGGUGGACGGCGAGGUCGUCGGGAGCGCCGCCACCGCCUCCCGCGUCGACGACACCGAGCCGUCGGUGUUCAGGACGGUCGGCUCGACCGCCGUGGUCGCCGUCGUGGGGCACCGACGCAUCGUCGUGGCUAACUGCGGCGACUCGCGCGCCGUGCUCUCCCGCGGCGGCGUUGCACUGCCACUCUCCACUGACCACAAGCCAGAUCGGCCAGACGAGUUGGAAAGAGUGGAAGCAGCUGGAGGCAGAGUCAUCAACUGGAAUGGCUACCGUGUUCUUGGAGUUUUAGCCACUUCAAGAUCCAUAGGCGACUACUACCUGAAGCCGUUCGUGAGUGCGGAGCCGGAGGUGAGGGUGGUAGAGAGGACGAGCAAGGACGAGUUCCUGAUCCUGGCAAGCGACGGGCUGUGGGACGUGGUGUCCAACGAGGUGGCGUGCAAGAUCGCCCGGAGCUGCCUCAACGGCCGCGCGGCGGCCAUGUUCCCGGACUCCGUCUCCGGCAGCUCGGCGGCCGACGCGGCGGCGCUGCUCGCCGAGCUCGCCGUCUCGCGCGGCAGCAAGGACAACAUCAGCGUCGUCGUCGUCGAGCUGAGGCGGCUCAAGACCAGGGCCGCCUGACUCCGACAUCAUCAUCCGACGCACUUCCCUACUAAUUAAUUAUGCUGCUUGCUAGUUCUGUACAUUACGUCGUCGAUAAUGAUACUAGUAUUAAUUUGGGCAUGGCGUGGCGUGGCGAGACGCCGGGAUUAAAAAGGUCCCAGCGAUGAGGGCUUUUGGAUUGAAGAGAAGAUUCUGUGGCUUUGGAUAGAUCUAGCUGUCGGAUGUGUCGGAUGAGUGCUGUUAGUUUUUCAGGUAAUUCCAUCGUAAUGCAUCAUCUGCAUGUUUUA